CUUUGUGGUAGACGACGUCUCGCGAGAACUCCCGACGUCACGGGGAUAAUGGCUGGAGAUCGCGGAUAUUAGAAGAAAAAGCUACAAUUUAAGAGAUAAGAGGAGAAGACUACUGAGAGGAACUCUGCCAUUGGAUUUUCACCAGUGUGACAGUUGAGAGGACAACAUGUCACAAAGAGAACGAUGAUAACAGCAGCUUUCACGUUGUCUGUGUCGUCCAGCAGCAGAGAUGGCUCAUGUCACCAACCAUGGGAAGCUGCUGUUGCAUCGCCUCCAUCAGCAGCGGGAGAUGGACUUUCUGUGUGAUAUAACCAUAAUGGUGAGAGACGUGGAGUUCAGAGCCCACCGCAACAUCCUGGCUGCGUUCAGCAAGUACUUCUCCGCGCAGGCUGAAAAGGGUCAAGAAAUCACGACCUUGGACCCUGAUAAGGUCAGCCGGUACGCUCUGGAGAAGCUUCUGGAGUUUAUCUACACCGGGCAGAUGAACCUCAGCAGUACCAGACAAGCAGCGGUGCGUAGAGCGGCGGUGUUCCUGGGGAUGUCUGAGGCCACAAAGUAUAUGGAGGAAACCCCCCACUGGUCCGAGCCGGGCGAAGCGGUCCAGUCAGAGGUGGAUAAAGAAGCUGCUUUCUCUCCUCCCAGUCCGACUUCUCCUAGAAGCGCCAGCUCUCCAGUCCCCCUGUCUAUCGUCUCCGUCUCAGGGGAACCUCAGGAGGAGGGGGUCGCUGUCAAAGAGCCGGGCGAAGACGUAGAUAUGGAAGAGGGAGAGAAAACGGAUGAAGAGUACAACCCCACUACGCCGAAGAGCGUUGGAAGAGGACCGGGAAGGAAGAGAGGAAGAAAGCCGAAGAGUUUUGGUGGCGAGCAGGUGGAGGCGAGCGGCUCGGCUGACGGCACACCCAAAACCCAGGAUUCUGACGGGAGUGUGAAGGAUUUUGGGGACAACUCUGAAGACUGGAGCCCCUCUCUGGAGGACGAGUCUCCGAGCAAGAAACCUCGCCUGAGCAGUGGAGAGGGGCGGAGAGGGCGGGGGAGGGGGAGAGGCAGGGGGCGAGGCAGGGGGCGAGGCAGGAGGAAGACCGUAAAGGAGGAGGAGGUGGAGGAAGAGGAGGAGGAGGAGGAAGAAGAAGAAGAGGAGAUAGGCGGGUUGGGGAUAGAUUAUGACUUGGACCUGGAGGAGGAGGGUGAGAUCGGAGAACAGGAUCCGUCCCAGAUGGACGAGCUGACGCUGGCGUGUCCCGAGUGCGACAAACUGUUUAAAGACGUGAGCAGCCUGCGCAGACACGAGAAGAUCCACAAGGGCCUGAAGCCCUUUGUCUGCAUCUUCUGCUCCAAAACCUUCAGACAAGCUACACAGCUGAAGACUCACCUGCGCAUACACACAGGCGAGAAGCCGUUUAAUUGCCCCGACUGUGACAAGUGUUUUGCUCAGAAGUGUCAGCUGGUCGCUCACCGCCGGAUGCACCACGGAGAGGAGAAGCCGUACACCUGCGAGCGCUGCGGCUUCAAGUUCGCCACCUCGUCCAACUACAAAAUCCACAUCAGACUGCACAGCGGGGAAAAACCGUACGUGUGUGACAUCUGCGGUCAGGCGUUCGCUCAGUCCAGCACGUUGACUUAUCACAAGCGCCGACACACCGGGGAGAAACCGUACCAGUGUGAUCUGUGCGGCAUGUCGUUCUCCGUCUCGUCGUCGCUCAUCGCUCACGCACGAAAACACACAGGUGAGACUCCGUACAAAUGUUCACAGCCGCAGUGUGAGUCCAGUUUUGUGACUUCGUCCGAACUGAAGAAGCACAUGAGGCGACUUCACCCGGAGGGGAACAACGGAGUGCAGUGUCUGCUGUGUGGAAAUCGGUUUGCCAGCGUGAAGAACAUGAUCAAACACCAGGAGAAGGCUCACGCUGAUGAAGUGCGGCAACACAAGGAGAGAGCCAGAGCAGUGGUCCUCCUGGCGUCCAGUCAUCCUGUGGCGUUUGUCCAGAGCAAACUCUCCCAGGAAAACAAAAGUAUGGCGUCCAUCCCCGAAGGCGGCGAGCCACCCAACCCCGAACCAACCACCCCCAAAGCCACAGCGCCAUCAGCAGCCGGCGCCACCGACGACUCUGCUACCGCCAUCGCCAUCCUGCAGGACUUCAAGGCAGAGCCCGCUCACCCCGCCAUCACCACCGCCGACCAGGUGACCUUCGAACCCGACCAGGAGCAGACCAUCAACUCAGACACCCUCCACGCUCUGGUGGAGCAGCUGCGGCCGCCGCCCUCCCCCGCCCAGAGCCUGGAGCAGAUCGUCAUCAUCAGGACGGUGGACAACCCUGAACACAACCCUCCGCAGCAGUGAGCCCCCCCCCCCCCCCCCUCGGGGGUCACUGGUGGAACAUUUUCACUUUUUAACUUACAAGCCAGUUCGGGUCAAAGUCAGCGCUCACAUUCAGCCUCGUGUCCCAUCGAGUAGUUUUAAUGGACUUCCAGUCUGCAAGGGAAAGAUGAUUGUUGUAUAACUUCACCACGUUCACAGCUGAGAUCAGGAAACACACACGUUGUAAACAAACUGUCCGUUAUGAACGUCCGGCAUCGACUUCCUCCCUCACUGUCGUCGUGUGCACAGUUCUUGUGCAUUAAAGGAUUAUUACCAACAUUUCAGGAGCGCUCACUUUCAGACCGAAACGAAGUGGUUUAAAUAAUCUGGAUGAACACUUUGUGUACAAACUGUCUAAUUGCUGAUGAUUACUUUGACUUAGUAUUACGUUAUUAUUACUCAUUAUUACUAAAUGAUGGUGAAACUAGAAAAAAAGACCUGAAUUGUAAGAAAACAAAGAUUAAUCCUUUAACUCA